GAGUGUCGCGUCCUCCGUUUCCAACACUCUACUUGAUACCCCCAAAAUAUCCUUCUCUGGAGCAAAUCAUCUUUCCAGGAGAGGGUAGAGGAAUGUAUUUAUGAUAGUUAAUAUCUCUAAACUACAUUGACUGCAUCCGUUCGAUUAUUUACCAACGCGCAAGUGCCUGCGCACAGCUUGUCCACCAUGGACCAAGAAAGAUUCCUGCAGCAGCUGCACAUCGUCCUGAACCCCACCCAGGGGAAUGUCAAAGAAGCAACGGCUACAUUGCAGAAAGAAUUUUACAAUAAUCCCGAAGCGCUCCUCCUCCUCAUCCAUAUAUUCACCUCCCACAACAACACCGAUCUAAAGCAGCUUGCUGCCGUCGAGGCACGGUCGCUAGUUUCGAAGCACUGGCUCAAGAUUCCCGGCGAACAGAAACCCCAGAUUCGGGAACAGUUGCUUCGUUCUACUCUCGAAGAGCAGGCACCGCUCGUCCGACAUUCUGGCGCUCGUGUCAUCUCGGCAAUUGCGAAGCUUGAUCUUCAAGAUGGCGAAUGGGCCGAUCUCCCUGGGUGGCUCCUUCAAGCGGCCACGAACUCCUCAAAGGAAGUGCGUGCCGUCGGGAUGUACAUCCUGUUUACAAUCUUGGAGACUCUAGGCGAUGGAUUCCAAAGCAAAUUCACCGAACUUCUCCAGCUGUUCGAUAAGACCAUUCGGGAUCCAGAGAGUGCGGAGGUUCGCAUCAACACCCUCCUUUCUCUUAGCAAGCUUGCCAUGCACCUUGAUGCAGACGAAGAUAAACAAGCUGUCCGAGCGUUCCAGAACAUUUUCCCAGCCAUGGUUGCUGUGCUGAAGGAUGCGACAGACGAGGAAGACGAAGAUAGAGUUAUGCAGGCAUUUGAAGUUUUCCAAACGUUACUCGGAUGUGAACCACAGCUUUUGAACCCUCAUCUAAAGGAUUUGGUCCUAUUUAUGAACCAGUUGGCGGCGAACACCAACCUGGCCGAGGAAACAAGAACUCAGGCUAUUAGUUUCCUCAUGCAAUGUCUCAGAUAUAGAAAGCUCAAGAUACAGGGUAUGCAACUUGGUGAACAGCUGACCCUUACGUCGCUUCAAAUUGCCACCGAACUCGGUGAUUCCGAUGACGAUGUUGACGAAAUUACUCCCGCUCGGUCUGCACUGGGCCUUUUGGAUAUGAUGGCACAAUUCCUUCCACCAAGCCAAGUGGUUGUUCCUCUUCUCAAGGCUCUAGGCCAGUACUUCAGCAACCAGAACCCUGAUUACCGACGCGCUGGUAUCAUGGCCUUGGGCAUGUGCGUGGAAGGAGCUCCUGAUUUUAUCAGCACGCAGAUGAAAGAGAUCUUCCCUGUGGUUUUACAAAUGCUUUCAGAUCCUGAGCCAAAAGUCCGCCAAGCCACGCUUCAUGGAGUUGCUCGUAUUGCCGAUGACCUUACCGAAGAUGUUAGCAAGCAACAUGAACAAUUGAUGCCACUGCUACUACAGAACCUGGCUAGCGCUAUGCAGGAAUAUAAGGGAGAAGAAUCUGGUGUCACCAUCAACAUCACCAAAGCAAGCGUUGCUGCUAUCGAUGCAGUUGUUGAUGCUUUAGAAGAAAAGGAUAUUGUCCGAUAUCAAGGAGAACUCGUCCCUGUAUUGCACAAGCUCUUCCAACACCCAGACUUCAAGAUCAAGGCUCUUUCUGCCAGCGCUCUUGGCUCGAUUGCUUCUUCUGCCGGUGAGGCUUUCCUCCCAUACUUCGACGUAUCCAUGCACAUCAUGCAGGAGUAUGCGACCCUCAAGGACAGUGAAGAAGAGCUUGAGCUCCGCGCUAGUGUCACUGAUGCAAUGGGAGAAAUGUCUGCUUCUGCUGGACCCGAACGGUACAAGAAUUAUGUCGAACCUUUGAUGCACGCCAGCGAAGAAGCCUUGAGACUUGAUCAUUCAAGACUGAAGGAGAGUACAUACAUAUUUUGGGGUGCCAUGUCCAAGGUAUAUGGUGAAGAUUUCACCCCAUAUCUUGGUGGCGUCGUCAAAGGCCUUUUGGAUUGUCUAGAACAGGAAGACAGCGAUCUAGAAGUCUCCCUUGGUGAUGCAGCUCGAGAUCUUAUUGGACAGGAAGUCACCAUUGCCGGCCAUAGAGUCCGUGUUGCUGACGCCGAUGACGAUGACGACGUGAUCGAAGGCAUGGAGGGAGAUGAUGAUGAUGGCGACUGGGAAGACUUUAGCACCGUCACUCCAAUCGCGCUUGAAAAGGAAAUCGCUAUUGAAGUCCUUGGAGAUGUUAUCACUCACACUGGUCAAUCUUACAUGCCUUACUUUGAGAAGACCAUUGAACACAUUCUACCCCUAGCUGAUCAUGCAUACGAAGGUGUUCGUAAGAGCACAAUAUCAACUCUCCACCGUGCAUACGCUGCUCUGUGGCAGGUAUCCGAAUCGUCAGGUCAUAAGCAGAAAUGGGAGCCUGGAAAGCCAUUUGCUCAACCUCCACCUGAGAUCAAGAAAUUCGGAGAAAUCCUUAUGACUGCCACCAUCAAGAUGUGGGCUGAGGAAGAUGAUAGUGCCACCGUCGCUGAUAUUAACCGCAAUGUGGCCGAAAAUCUUCGGUACUGUGGACCGUACAUUAUCGCUGACCAGUCAACUCUUGACCGAGUUGUCACACUCGUCGACACUAUCAUCACGAAGCAACAUCCUUGUCAACAGGACUUUGGUGCGGGUGAGGAAGAUCAGGAGGCCCUUGAGGAGCUGUCAGAAUUCGACUGGAUUGUUAUCGAUACCGCCCUCGAUGUCAUUUCUGGCCUUGCAACUGCUCUCGGCCCAGACUUUGUUGGAUUGUGGCCCAUGUUCGAAAAGACAGUCCUCAAAUACGCAACCGGCAGCGAAUCUCUUGAGAGAUCAACGGCUAUAGGAGUUCUUGCAGAUCUUAUCACCGGAUUAGGCGAAGCAGUCACUCCGUUCACAGGCACCUUCCUCCCCCUGUUUUUGCGUCGCCUUACGGAUGAGGAUCUGCAGACCCGAAGUAAUACGACCUAUGCUGUUGGACGGUUGGUUGAGAAAUCCACUUCUCAUCAGGAAAUUAUUCAAGCCUAUCCUGCUAUACUCGAGAAGCUAGAGCCUUGCUUAAGUAUUCAUGAAUCCCGGCUUCCAGACAACGCUGUGGGAUGUCUUGCGCGAAUGAUCCUAAAACAUAAAGACCAUGUCCCGCUUGCAGAUGCCAUUCCUGCCUUGAUCGAUGCUCUCCCCCUCACGACUGAUUAUGACGAGAAUGACCCUAUUUAUCAUAUGAUUUGUCAAUUAUACAAAUGGCAAGAUCCAAUCAUCCAAAGCCACACCGCACGCCUGAUUCCAAUCUUCCAAGCCGUCCUCCAGGGCGACCCAGGCCAGGUGGAAGACGAGCGUCGUGCAGAACUUAUCGAACUUGUCUCGUGGCUCAACAAGAUGCAACCUGGGGGACCAGCGAGCUUCAUUGAGCAACUUGAGAAAUAGAACGGUUCUCCUCAAACUUGAGAACCGAGAAAUACCAAAAUGGAAUAGGCUUCGGUGGCAUUUGAAUGAAUAAUGACGGUGAAUUGCAUGUACAGGGGACCGGAUUGGAAAUAAAAAAGUGAUGGUUUGAUAUGAUCUUGUAAAUGUCGAUGCCUUUAAUGACAUAUUUGAAACUAAUGCUUUGAUUUGCAUGCUAGGCAUGGUAAGCUUUGCUAUGACAUAUAUUUAACAAUGAGUAUUCUGUUCGCUUCGGCUCUUUCUCUCUCCAUGUUAUUCGUUCUCUUCACGGCCUCCUCUCUCAUGCUGCUGAAGAAGUGA